ACAUAAAUACACAACCGAUGGUGAGAGGGAGAGAGAUUGAUAUUUCAAAGCUUGGAGAGCAAAGUUCGGAUUGGUAGCAUGGCUGAGUGCAGAUGCCAAGUGUAGGGUGUUUAAUUAACUCUGAGUUAAUUUAACCCACCCCUAACUUUGACCCCCGGUUAACCUCAUCGGUCCUGCUUCUUUGCUUCUUUGCUUCUACAGUGGACUGUCUCCUCCCUUCCCCUCACCCACCCUUUCUUGGUAAACCACUUUUGGGCUUUGGCUACCAAAUGCCACUCCUCCUUCCUCGUCUUAUGCUUCUCCAGAAUAUCCGGAUGAAGAGGUCCUCUAGUUUCUCUUGCUCUUCUCUUACUUCUUCUUCUUCUUCGUCUUCGUGCGCUGGGCCGGAGAUUCCGAAACACAACGUCCAGGCAGAGAUUCAGAAACCGAAACCAAAACGCGUUCGAAAGAACCGAAAAACCGCAGAAGCAGCAGCAGCAGAAGACAACACCCCAAAGUCAGGAUCAGGAGGCAGAAGAAGCUCCAUUUACAGAGGGGUCACCAGGCACAGAUGGACCGGCCGGUUUGAAGCUCAUCUGUGGGACAAGAGUUCAUGGAACAACAUCCAGAACAAGAAGGGACGACAAGUUUAUUUGGGGGCCUAUGAUAGCGAAGAGGAUGCUGCUCAUACGUACGAUCUAGCUGCCCUUAAAUAUUGGGGGCCUGCUACAAUACUCAAUUUCCCGCUAGAAACAUACACAAAGGAAAUUGAAGAAAUGCAAAAGGCUACCAGGGAAGAAUACCUAGCAUCAUUGCGCCGGCUGAGCAAUGGAUUUUCGAGAGGAGUUUCAAAGUACCGUGGGGUGGCGAGGCAUCAUCACAAUGGGAGAUGGGAGGCGAGAAUCGGAAGAGUUUUCGGAAACAAGUAUUUAUACCUCGGAACUUAUAAUACACAAGAGGAGGCAGCAGCUGCAUAUGAUGUGGCGGCAAUAGAGUACAGAGGAACAAAUGCAGUGACCAAUUUUGAUAUCAGCAACUACAUUGACAGAGUCAAGAAGAAAAUCCACCCUCUGGAUCGUCAGGAAUCAGAGGGUCAACCGCCUUCCAAGCGCUCGAACAUUGGACCACCCAAACAAGAAGAAGUCGUCGAACGCAAAGUGAACCAAUUGCAACCGCAGCAGCAGCAGCAACAAGAACAACAAGAACGAACGAUCUCGCCGCAACUUCAUUGCCCUCAUCUGCUGCAUUGCAUCGAAAGCAGUACAAUGGAGCAAGUAAUGGAUCCUGGUCAUGCGAAGGAGCACCAUUUUAGUUGGAACUUUUUGGACACCGAAAUGAUGACUCAGCAGCUUGCGGUUCCUGAUGACAUCCCUCUUGACAACAAGUCGUUGGACUUGCCGGACUCGUUCGAGGACUUGGGGUUCGAAGAGAAUUUUGACCUGAUAUUUGGUGCAGCUGGUGAUGGCAGUUUAGGUGGCUUGAUGGAAUCUGCGGGGUGUGGGGUGGAUCAGGUGGGUGUAGACGUCCCAAGAAACUUGGAGGACAAUGGGUCUACUUUUUCUUCAUCAUCAACAACUACCUCUCUUUCUUUUUAACUCCUUGUGUUUGAACGUUGAAGGGUGUUAGUCAAUGUGGGAGGGUUGGGGGAUUGUUGGGGUUGGUCUCAGUUUGUUGUGAUUCCAUGUUGGUGGGUGGACAGCGAAGAUUAUAGACCAACAAAAAUUAUAAAACAAGAGAAUGGUUUUGGCUUUUUUGUAUCUUUGGUUUUGGGUGAAAGAAAGAAAUUUUACUUGCAGCCGUUUGGAAAGUCAACUAGACAUUGAUUACCCAAAAAAACCGUUGUAUGUCGCAUUAAGGUUAGCAUGGUCUUGUGUUACGCA